AAAUCAAUAACAAAAGUUUAGUAUGGCAACAUUUUUGUUUUUUAAAUUUAUCUAUGCCCCUGGCUAUCAUGGCGAGCUCGUCAAGAAGUGAGACAAAUAAAGUGGUCUGCUAUGCUCACCCUGACUCGCCGCUCAUCGAAGAUUACAGGGCAGGUGACAUGAUCUGCUCUGAAUGUGGGCUAGUGGUCGGUGACAGGGUUAUAGAUGUGGGUUCUGAAUGGCGUACAUUCAGCAAUGAGAAGUCAGGGGUCGAUCCAUCCCGUGUGGGAGGUCCGGAGAACCCCCUGCUGUCUGGUGGAGACCUCUCCACCAUCAUUGGUCCGGGCCGAGGUGAUGCCAGCUUUGACAGCUUCGGUGUAUCCAAAUAUCAGAAUCGCAGGACCAUCAGCAGCACAGACCGAGCCCUGAUCAAUGCAUUCCGAGAGAUUAACACCAUGGCCGACAGGAUCAAUCUACCAAAAACUAUUGUAGACCGUGCUAAUAACUUAUUUAAACAGGUACAUGAUGGCAAAAACUUGAAAGGCCGAGCAAAUGAUGCCAUAGCCUCAGCAUGUCUCUACAUUGCAUGCCGACAAGAAGGAGUGCCCCGCACAUUCAAGGAAAUCUGUGCCGUCAGCAAAAUCAGUAAGAAGGAAAUUGGACGAUGUUUCAAACUGAUUCUGAAGGCGUUGGAGACUUCAGUGGACCUGAUUACAACGGCAGACUUUAUGUCCCGUUUCUGCUCAAACCUGGGACUUCCCAAUUCAGUACAAAGAGCGGCCACACACAUUGCGAGGAAGGCGGGCGAGCUGGACAUUGUGUCGGGUCGGAGCCCUAUCUCUGUGGCUGCAGCUGCUAUCUACAUGGCUUCUCAGGCAUCAGAAGACAAACGCAGCCAGAAGGAGAUAGGAGACAUAGCCGGAGUGGCUGACGUCACCAUCAGACAAUCAUACAAGCUCAUGUACCCCUUCGCAGCCAAACUGUUCCCGGAUGACUUCAAGUUUGCCACACCCAUCGAGUACCUGCCCCAGAUGUAGACGUGUACAAAACUUUACCCGAAUUUUGUGGGGUAAGGUGCUGAUUUUAUUCUGCUCUGUUACAUGGUGAUCUGUGGGUUUCGAUUAAAAGGUUGCAUGCUAAAUUUCAACAAGAAGACAAGGCGGUUUGGUUUAGAAGCCGUAAUUUUUGGUAAUCAAAUCACUAAUGGGGCGAGAAAGCGAGUCCAUCCGCCAUUUCACCUUUGGUAUUUAAAUUAUGAGAUAGGUAUUGAUAUUGGUUUUAAAUAAACCAUUUAUAGACAGGUGCUAUGUAACAGAGUAUGAUGAAAUGGUCCAUUUAUUAGUAUUUUCGUCUAAAAUGUUAACCCAAUAGAUAUUAGUUGCUGUCUUCUUAAGUUUUACACGAUAAAGUGUUGGACUAUUAUUUCUUCUUAGUGAGACUAUCAAUAGACUUUUACUAAACUCAACAUUCAAUAGAUGUUUUAGUAAAUACACAUAGAAUAGUCGAUGUUAAAUUUUUGAUCCACCAUUAAAUAUUACUUGCACUACUAGAGUUACAUACAUACAACAUUAUAAAAUUAAAACUUAUACUUACUGAGCUUAAGAUGAACUUACGAUUGUAUUCAAAACAUACUAGUGUGACUGAGUAUAACUUAUUGAACCUAUAAUCAUGUCAUGUAACUAACUGGUCUCAUAGUUCUUCAAUUCAAACGUUAUUAUAUAUUCUUGUUUAUAAUUUUCUAUUACUUAUUUGAUAUAAGAUUUACAGUCGAAUUCAUAAUAUGUAUGACCAUGCUUAUUAUCUUGACACCUAUAACGAACAUCUUAUAACUCCAAUGAAUAAAUCGAUGGUUUCGUGUUUAUAGAUGUUUAUGGAAUCGAAUGUUGUACUAUUAGAGAUGAGACAUGAGCAUAUUUUCUUUGCAUAUCACUUGCAUAAGCCAUUCAUUUAAAAGGUCAUUCACCUAAUGGCUACCAAAUUAAAUUAUGUGAAUGAGUUUUGUUUUUCAAAAACUUAAAAAGGUUACUUUAGACCUGCAUGUGGUCAAACUUAAAAUUAAGUUAAAACAUAGAUUUAAGUGUAUGAGGACUUGUUUACCAGACAAAGUUGUGUUAUUUUAUGUGAUUUAAUAAUAGAAACAUGGAAGGUUCUAGAAGACUUCCUGUAUCCACUGUAGGUGCGAAUAGUUUUCCUUAAUUAUAAGUUGAAAUUCGUGUAUGUUUUCUUCAGAAUAAAGCGCAUAUAUACAGAUUUAUUUUCUGUAGAUGGCAUUAAGUUACGAGGGGUGGGGGUUUUGAAGUUAUUAUUAACAUCAGACUUGUGAAGUAUUUCGUUAAUUUUUUGAAGCUUUUACUAAAAGACAUUUCUUUACAUUUACUUUUCAUUUACAUGUACUUGAGUUAAUUAAAAUGUGAAUCUGUAAAAAAAACAAUCGAAACAUAAAAAAUAUAAGUGUUAUUUAAGACUGUUACGACAAAACUGUCAAUAGCUAUGUAUUUUUCUUAAAAGUAUAAAAUUACUACUUCUUACUACUAGAUGGUACUAGUUUUACCUAAUAACGAUGUACUAUUCGUAAUUAAUAAAGACAAAAUAUAAGUGUAA